GUCUGUGUUUACAUAAGGGGGAGAACUGACUUAAAAUCUCAGACUGACACUGAAACAUGGCGCAACUCUUCACACUCACUCUCCUAUUAUCAUGGAUCCCAGCCUUCCUCUGUGGGGUUACUACAGUGAAAGAGUUUGCAGUCCUGGAGGGUCGAUCGCUCACAGUCCCGUGUCAUUACGAGCCUCAGUAUGCCAGCUAUGUGAAAUACUGGUGUCAGGGGAGGAUGAAGGAGUUCUGCACCAGUUUAGCCAAAACGAAUCCCAGUUCAACCAACCCUGCUGAGGAUAAAGCGAGCAUUGUGGACGACAAGGUCCAGUCGGUGUUCACGGUGACCAUGAACAGCCUGAAGGAGGAGGACUCUGGGUGGUACAUGUGCGGCGUGGAAGUAGGUGGUAUAUGGAGUGCCGAUGUUUACGCAUUCACUUACAUCACCGUUAUUCAUGGUAUGUUAGAGGUGAACAACCCCUUGAGAGGAGAAGAAGGGAGCAGUGUUUCAGUUGAAUGCCUCUACAGUGAAAGAUACAGAGAGAGCGAGAAGAAGUGGUGUCGGAGCGGAGACUGGAGCUCCUGUCUGGUGACAGGUUCUGAAGGGAGCUACGAAGACACUUCAGUGGCCAUCAGUGAUGACAGAACUGGGGCUUUCACUGUUACCUUAAAGAAGCUGCAGAUGAGAGACAUCGGCUGGUACUGGUGUUCUGCAGGACAGCAGCAGAUACCUGUGCAGGUGCUGGUCACACCACGACCCACGACUACGACAUCUGUAACACUCCCAGUUACAUUGCAUCACUCUGUUGACCACCUGCCUCCAUCCAGACCCAUCACCAAGGAGCGCUGGAACGGUCACAUCCUGGAGUCUUUGCUGGUGUGCGCCUCUCUGAUGGUGGUUGUGGGUUUGGCCAUACUGGCAAGAAAGAUGUGGAAACUUCACAAGAGGGAUUCUGUGCUGAGACAAGCUAAGGAGAUGAAAGCGAGGUGUAAUGAGUGUUCAAGGGAUCUAGGUGACCUGCAAGAUAGUGCUGUCAUUUUCCUUAACAAGGAUUCCCAGGAUGUUUUUAUGCACUGAGCUUGUCUGUACUCAUUGAGUCUGUGCAGAGUUUAGUCUUGUUCCCGGUAACUGAAUGUAAUUUCACUGCAGGAACACAUGCUUUAGUUUUCAAUGUUUAUUGUAUAUUAUGUAAAGCACCACAUUUAAACACAAUAGGUAUAGUCUGCACAUCUUAGCAUAUAUAUAUAUAUAAUUAUUUUCAGACCUGCACUAAACUUUAGAUAAUCUCCUGAAACUCUAGGGGAUGUCCGAAUGAGCUCAUUUGAGAAGACAGCAGAAGAUCCUCCACAGGAUUUACUGCAAGGAAGUCGGCACGUUGAUGAAGUUUCAGAAAUGCGACAGACUUAAAAUAAAAACGAACAAAAAGAAAACAAAUAUCUCAGGAGGUUAUAGCGGUGUCAUACAUGUAGAGGACAUUAACUAAGAUGUUAAGAUCGUUUUUGAGGAUAAGGUCCGAUGGUCGUGUUGAUGUGCUGUAGACAAAAACAUGUGAUCUCUGCAGCAAAACUAUUACGCCCUGUCCUACCUGCUGCACGCCCCCCCCCUCACCUGAAUGCCUUGGAGGUUGUGUUGUUGUGAACACACCUGACCUGAAAAUCUCUUGUUUCGUUUGACCCCAUCGACGGUGAUAUGUUGUGGCUUCUCUCUUGUGGCUUCUCUCUUGUGACAAAUGUACUUAUUGUAAGUCGCUUUGGACAAAAGCGUCUGCUAAAUGCCCAAAAUGUAAAUGUUAAUGCUUUGUUGUUCAUGUGUGAAGCGGAAACUCCAGAGAAAGUCUUAUAGUCUUAAAUCUUAUCUCUGAUUUCACACAUAUUUUCCAUUAUAUAGUCCUGUGGUCUUCUAUUUAACUUUGGCCAUAACUACCACUAAAGUCACUGAUAUUAUUUUUUCAGUAGUUGUUAAGUUUGAGUAUUUCACAGCCAAAGGUGAGUUCUCCACUCUUUUGUUUGUUUGGCAAAAUGAAAUAAUGAAACUUGAAUUUAUAGCUCUGUAAUUUCAUAAUAUAUUAAAUGGAAAGAACUUGGUGCUACUGAAGAAGUGGAAACAGUGUUCAUGUUGCUAUUUAAGAUGAAGAAGAAAAUCUUGUGCACAGAUGGUUGAACGUCUAAGUGGUGCGAAGUGAAUAAAAGAAAAUAAUGAGC